AUGUGGAAGAUAUAUCUCGAUGGUAUAUCCAAACGACGAGAAAGAUAGAAGGGAAGACGGGCCGCUUAUUGUCCUCUCCCAGAGUACAAGAUGGGGUUAGGAGGAUCCUGCGGGGCUCAUCGCCGGCUUAGCUGUCCGGCUGCUUUCAUCCGCUUCACAAUGAACAAGAUGGACACCAAAGGGACCGUCUGGCCGAUCCCUCUGGCCCCUGUUUUCUGUUCCAUUGCCAUCAAGGACGCUGCAGGAAGACGCCGGCCUGCUGUCCUAAGCCACCCAUCCUAUAGAUACAGCCACAGAUCCAGGUCGAGUCGCCAUUUGAGCGGUACAAGCCAGACAUGAGGCGUUAUUAACAAAAACUUGAAUGAAGCGUAGAAAAUUAAAAGUGCUCUUUCCAGA